AUAGUCUGGACAUGAAUGGACAUGACUCUAUUUCGACUUCCGGUGUUGGUGUUGGCGUUGCCGUUCUGCCUCACAAGUUCAGGACAUUACGUUGCGUGCCCAGACGAAUUUGCUUGUCUGACGACACUCAAGAACUAGACCGUGGUUCGAUGUAGUUCGAAGGAAAAAUUCUAAAGUUUGGGUUGCGGUCAUGAGGUAAGGAGGGUCCGGUCUCUGAUCCUGCCUCAGGUUUUCCAGAUUUACAAAUGGCUACUGCUCUGGACCCAGAUGAGGUGCUUCGUUCUUCGAAAGGGAGAGACAAUGUUCGACGUCUGGCUCGCCUUUUUAAAAGUAAAGGUACUGUGCUAUUGAGGCAGGCUUUUGACAUCAAAUGUCCACCAAGUAAUCUUCCCACAAUACUUCAGAAUCCAGACACGAAGAAGCUCCUUGAGGCAGCAAAGCUCACCAAACCACAGUGGUACUGCCUAUACCCUUCCCCAGGGAUGUACGGAAAGUCAACAGACUUUGAUAUAACCCUUCUUUUCUGGUUGCUCAGGACAAUAUGCGGCCUCACCCCACCUGCCACGGGCUGGGAUGGUUUGCCUGCAAGUACAGACCACAGCUUUGAAGCCGAUUUAGCAAGAAUUAAAUACUACCGCAAUUUGGUUUGUUGUCGUGUGAAUGAAAACAUGGAAAUCUCAGAUGACGAGUUUUCAGUUUUUUGGAGAGAAAUUAUUGAGGCUUUGGAUAGAAUUGCAGGUCAAUUCAGCUUUGCAAAGGAAACAGAAUGGAACAAAGACUCUCUGAGAGAAGCUCAAGAUAUUAAAGAUGUGCAGUACUUUAGUCUAGGGCUUCGAGAUGAAGCCCAAGACAUCCAAGAUCAAUUUAACCUGGGUAGCCAACUCAAUUCCUCAGCUGGAGUUAAACUUCGAAUGCAGAUUGAUUGUGAGACCAUCCCCAGUGAGACAACUAUUCAGAUGGAGGAAUACAUGGCUGCACGAAAGUUUUUUGGGCAGGCUUCAGAAUUGCAAACAGGAGUUGUACCUGCUUUAGAUGAAGAUUUAGCAAAAAGGCUUCUCUCACCUGUGGCUGCCAGAAAUAUCACAAACAACAUUGUUGCUAUGGCUAUAGAUUUUGAAGCCAAGCACAGAGAAUGUGUCCGUGUUUUAACAUACACAUAUGAUGGUCAUGUGAAGGUUAAGUUUUAUGUGCUUUCUGGAAAGACUGGUAUACCUGAAACAUUAAAAGCUGCUGCUCAAGAUUAUUUUAAGGAGAUGAAUGUGAAACUCGAAUGGUUAGAUCUUUCCAAGGAUGUAGAUGAAAUUCUCAAGAUUAGACAUCUUGAGUAUCCAUCUGGUAUGCAGCAGGUGUUGAAUGACUCUCAGGUGAAUGAAAUUAACAAAAUUAUUUCUGAAAAUCUCCAUGUUCUUGUCAGGCAUAGUAACAUCACUGCUGUGCAACCCUCACUUAAAAUCACAGAUUCUAAGCAGACGGAAACCCCUUGUAUCACAUUGUAUGUUCUAUGUAAAGGUGUCAUCCCAGAUGGUGAAUGUACCUUCCCACUCACUCUUGGUUUUUACCCUGUGGAUGUUGUGGACGGAAUGUGGUUCAGAACUGAUGAUCCUUGGAUGCCAAAUGAAGCACAGGAACAAAGUGAGGUACUCUGUUUGGGAGCAAGUAUUGGUGUACAAGGAGAGGAUGCAGCUGGGACCUUAGGCGCAAUUGUGAAAGAUGACGAAAUCUUCUAUGUGCUGUCCUGCGAUCAUGUUAUGAGACAUAGUAAAGAGCUAAAGAUAAUUCAUCCUGCACAGAAAGAUCAUUUGAAUUAUCUAAAUUAUCAUUUACAACAGUAUGGAUUGCGGAUUAAGCACAUCAUCGACAAAGAAAGUUGCCACAUGCUGGCAAACCAGUUAUCAUUUGGCUAUAUUGCAGGGUUUGAAGAAUUGUUAAAUAAAUUUCAAGACCUAAAACGGAUCAAAGAAACCCACCAACGCCAUACAAGAGUGACAGAGAGGAAAUUAAAGGCUGUAGAGCUGCAUGAAAAAGCUUUUGAGAAAGGUUUGACACCACCCAGAGUCAUAGCAAGAUACUCUGUUGGCAUCUCUUGUAAUAUGACUUGGAAUGAUGGUCAACAAUACUACAUUGAUGCUGCCUUGGCAGAGUUGACUCCAAAAGAAGUUGAUAGUUUGAGAGAGAGUCAAACAGCUGAAAUGAUUGGAACAGCAGAUUGCCCAAGUGGGGAAUGUAGUUCAAGACUAAAAGCCAGUGGAGAACUGUGCAAGAGUGGCCGAACCACAGGAUUCACAAAGUCUGGUCGGCAUGUGCAACCAUCCAUUUUUCUCCGUGCUCCCUUAUAUGAAGUAAAUUCCCAAAAUGAGAGUUUAGUCAGUGUGUUGAAACGUGUCAGACUCUGUCAAAGUUGUAAGGAAAGAUCUGGAGUAAGAGAGCAAUUAGAGUCUACUACCGCUGCUUGUGACUCUUGUAAAAAAGACACAGACACUCUAUGUGACAGUCUUUGGUUAAAGAACUGCUUAUGCAUAGACCAUCCAUUUGAUUUUAGUUCUGAAAAAGUUUUUGCUUCUGAAGGAGAUUCUGGAGCAGUACUCUUUGAAAGAAAUGAAGAUAGAAAUCUUGAAGCUUUUGGCAUUAUCUUUGGCGAGCAUCGAAAUUCAUAUAAACUUUGUGCUUUAGCCACUCCAAUGCAAAUUGCUCUUGAAAGCUUAUCCAGAAAGAUCUCCGAGGACACCAACCUGAGACUGCUUUCAAACUAUGUGAGUGAAAAUUAAACUAUAACUGAUGUAUUUAUGCUUAAUGUUGAUCAAGGUUUGCACUUAUAAAUUUUUUUUUCAGUGGGGGAGGGGAGGUUACACCUUUCAAAAACUAGUGACAAAUGC